AUGGCACCAACAGAGGAAUCAAUCCUGGGGAAUUUCCUCCUCGCCCCAGCCCCUCUGCCGACAGUAAUGUCAUUGCAAAAGUUUACAGAAACGUUUCCCAAGCGUUUGAGGUCCCAUCCUCAUAUCAGGACUCUGUAUCGGGAGCUCCAACAAGUCCGAGAACAGGACAUGGACCGAGUGAAUGAAAACAUUGACAACGAGGUGAAGCAAGGCGAGAAACAAAGAGCUGAGCUGCGCAAAGCCACUCGCGCCCCAGGCGUCGAAGCUUCAAACCCCGAGGAGCAGCGCGAAAUGGACCUGGAUGUGCAUCUCUUUGGCCAGGCCCCUACUGCCCCGGGAGAUUACCACUCGGCAGGCAGUCUUCUAGCUGAAAUGGAGAUUGCCAGUGCAAACAUCGAGCACGAAAUUGCCAGCAUUGACGCAGAGGCCGCGAGCAUCCUAGAGAAGCUCCAAGCGACUGUGGGUAAUAUGAGUGAUCUUCGCUAUGGAAAACUGCAAGGCCCCGCGGGGACUGCGGAGGAUAUAGCAAGUCAGGCUAUCCAGGGCUUGCAAAAUCUGGAAGAUGUUUGCUACCGGAAGAGCACUUCAUGA